AUGGCCGCCGCAAACGCCGAACUCGAGAAGCUCGCGCAAGAAGGCGGCCUUGAGGGCAAGAGGCUUGAGGAUGUAGGCGAGGGUGAUGAGUACGUCGAGAUGGAGCUGGGCUUGGGUGUCAUGGAAGAAAAGAAAGAGGAAGAGGACAGCAGUGAUGAUAGCUCGGACGAGAGCUCAGACGACAGCAGUGAAGCCAGCAGCGAAGAUGACGACGACGACAAGGAGCAGAAGAAGAAGCAGAAAGAGAAGGAACAGAGGGAGAAGGACAUUCUAGGCAGACUCAUGGGACACAAGCAAGGCAGAGACAAAGCCGCUGGUAUUCAGGAGGUUGAAUGA